ACGCGUCGUCUUGUCGUUGGUAACGGCGGAGGCUGGAGCGGGAAGGAUAUAAUUGCUGCAGUUAGCGCCGCUUGAUGUUAAAUCCCAACUGUUGUUUUCUCGGUGACGUUACCGGCGAGAACUGGAAAAGCCCUGAACGAUGUGAAACCACGUCUGUUAUCAGUUUGCUCGGUCGGAAACGGAGAAGGAGCUUUUCCGGUCAGUUAGCUGCUUUUUUCCCCCGCGAGCUAAGAUCUCAGCUGCUCGAGUUUUAACAAGUUGAAGCUGAAACAGCAACAGGUGGACUUCACAUAUUCGUUACCAAUGGCCUCGAAAGGUUGGCAGCAUCCUUAUGUCAACAUAUUCAAACAUGUCAAAGUUGAAGACUGGAAGAAGUCGGCAAAAGAGGGGGACGUGUCAACAUACACGGACAAGAGACUUAAGUGUUCAGUGUUCAGGAUCAGGGGUCCUGUUCCUGCCAACAGCUACAUCCUGGUACCCAAGAACGGCAACCAGUCUCUGGGGCUGAUAGGACGCUACUUCUACCUUCUCUUCAGGCCCGCACCUGGCAAAUCCUUUGUGGUCCACCUGGAUGUCUCUGUGGAGGAGGGCCAGGUAGUCCGUAUCUCUUUUUCCAACAUGUUCAAAGAGUUCAAGUCCACAGCUACCUGGCUUCAGUUUCCUUUCCUGUGCGGAGCUGCAAAGGAUUCAGUUUAUGAAAGCACGGCCAAAUCUGCAAGACAUGGUUUGGUGGGUCCAGCCCCCACUUCAGUGCGUUGGACCUGUUUGAUGCUGGAUCUGCAGUACACACUCUCUGUCUACCUCAACCGCUGCUACAGUCAAGUAAAGAGCAUUAAGCUUUGUGCUAAUAUGGCAGUGAAAAACAUGUUUACCAGCGACCUGCUGUUAGAUCCAGGAAUUUCCUUCAGUGAAGCCAAGAUGAUGGGUCUGGCUUCUUCGGGAACAGGUCCUAUGCCCAGAGACAUGUCAUAUCCUGUUCCCAAGGGGGGCUCCUGGCAUGACCUCUAUGAUUAUAUCAGGUUUCCUUCAGAUGGAACAAAGUUACCGUUUGACUCCAUUCAAAAAGGCAACUUUGAGCCCGAGGCUAAAUGUGUCUCUGACCAAAGAAGCCCAAUUAGAGAGGAGUCUAGCUGUGUAAACUUCAGCAAACCUUUUAAGGACCCCGUGUCUCUCAGCCAGCAGAUCACCACUCCAAAAUCACUCCUGAGGAAUCAAACACCCAUGGUUACCAACAUACCGGACCUGGGCGUAGUUUCCACUCAAAAGAAUGAUGCCUGGCUUCUCCAUAACGAUGACCAGCAGGAGUCAACUUGCUCCAGUUCACAGAAGUUCACAUCCAGGCCUCCCGCGGCUACCGGUGACAGGGGAGUUCAUGUGCAUGUUGAUCCUGAGGACGGAUUCAGCCAACAUGAGGAUGAAAGUGAAGAAGAGUUUGUUUGCACUCCAGCUCCACAUCCGGUCCAUCUAUCAUUGUCCAAAGAACCCAGAGAGGAGAAGCUGCUUCCAGACCCAAUUCUUAGGCUCAAUCGAAUCAUCGGCUUCGGAAGGAGCCACGACCCAAAUGCCUUGUGGAGCAAAUCCGGUGAUGCGGUGGUGUAUCCGUGUCACGCAAUUAUCGUCUCUUUGAAAAUAUUGUCUAACCAGCAGAGGUUCUUCAUCGGCCACACUGAUAAGGUAAGUUUCGCACUGGCUUUUAAUGGCAAUACAACACUGCUGGCCUCGGCACAAACUGGCAACCACAGUGUAGUUCGAGUGUGGAACUACCACAAAGGAAACUGUCUGGCCAUGUUUAGGAUUCAUGCUCAUUCAUUAUCCUCUCUUAGCUUCUCAUACGGCGGCAGUAUUCUCUGUGGAGUAGGAAAAGACAGCCACACAGUUAAAACGAUGGUGGUCGUGUGGAACACUUCAGACAUUAGUAAAGGUGGAGAUGUGACCAUUUUAGCCAAAGCACACACAGAUGUUGACAUACUCACCAUGAAGGUUGCUGCCUUUGAUGAUACCAGGAUGGUGUCAUGUGGUCGUGACAAUAUUCGCCUGUGGCGAGUGAGGAAUGGGACGCUGCGCUCCUGUCCAGUCAACCUAGGUGAAUACCACUCACUGGACUUCACUGAUGUGGCCUUUGAGGAGGGAAAUUCUUCCAACCAGCAUCUUGAUGAACGAACACUAUUUGCUAGCAGUCGGAGUGGCUAUAUCUUUGAAAUCGACUACAGCAGAGUUGUUAUUAGAAAUGUCCGGAGGCUGUUGCCUGCACAGCAGCAGCAUGCACACUGCAGGGAGAAAUUGACUUGUAAUACAGGUGUGUCAGGCAUUGCCAUCAACAGCAUCAGUGUGUCCUCAUCAUUUUGUACCACGGGCUCUGAAGAUGGCUUCCUGCGUCUCUGGCCCCUUGAUUUUUCUACCAUCUUCCUGGAGGCUGAGCACGAGGGUCCUGUGAGCCUGGUGUCGGUCUCCUCGGACAGCCUUCAGGUCCUGGCAGCCACCUCCACUGGUACCCUGGGUUUCCUUGAUGUGAGCAGUCGUGGUUACAACACGCUGAUGAGGUCACAUACAGACACUGUGCUCGGCUUCAGUGUGGAUGGCAUCCAUCGGCAUCUCACAACCGCAUCAUCCGAUGGCACGGUGCGCAUUUGGAAUAUGGAUUCCUUGCAUCAGUUGUAUGAUUUUGUGUCAGAGGACAGCCCCUGUUCAGUGGCCUUCCAUCCCAGCGAGCAGGUCUUCUCUUGUGGCUUCAGCUCUGGCAUCGUCAGAGUCUUUGGCAUCUCCAGUGCCAAGGUGCUGGCUGAACACAAGCAGCACAGAGGUGAAGUGGUGGGUCUUGCCUUCUCUCCGAUGUGGGAGUUCAUGUACAGUGCUGACUCUCAGGGCUCUUUGGCACUUAACAACGCUUCUGAGGAAGACCACGAUGUGAUCAGAGUUGUGUGCAAUGUGUUGGCCAGAGGCACCGAGCGUGCUCCAGAUGCUCUCACAGUGAGCAGUGACAGCCGCUGUCUGGCUUUUAUCGGCCCCUCGGAGUACAUUGUCACCAUCGCGGACUCGCAGUCUCUGGAUGAGUUGCUCCAUGUAGAUGUGAUUAUUUGGAUGUACAAAGCCCCCGUCUUGUGAUUCUGCACUGAGGGUCUGCUUCUCUCUCCGGCCUCCACUGAACACUUGUUGGUCGCCACAUCGGCUAACAAGAUCCUCUGGGUUAGCACCAAGACAGGCCGUCGUGCUCGACAGGUGUCUAAGGUGCACAAACACCAGUGCUCGUCCCUGGCUGUGAGUGAGGACAGUCGAUUCCUGCUGACGGCAGGACACAAUGCUGUGAAAGUGUGGGAUUAUAGCAUGGAGCUCGAUAUUAGCUCACAGAUGUUCAUAGGCCACAGUCAGCCCAUCCGCCAGGUGAGCUUCACCCCCGACCAACUGGGUGUAGUCUCAGUGGGAGACGCCAUAUUCCUUUGGGACUUCCUGGCACAUCCUGUUGACUCCUUGACAGACUGUCGGUAAUAAUCGCUGGUGCAUUUUUGAAUCUUGUUAAUAAUGUGUGUGUUACACUUUUUAAGUUUUAUUUUUUCUAUCCCUACUCAGUUCCCUCUAAGAUCAGGCUACAUCUCAGCUCCUAAAUCAGACGUUAGUGGAGUUCGGUUGUCCAAUGGGAUGCCUCGACAGACAGCACCCCUCCCCUCCUCACCGCCAUCACGACUGGACAUCAGCACCCUAGACCAAGUUGAACAGGAGGCUUUGGGCUCCUUGUCGAUUUGCGAUGACACCCCGUCCAUCCCAACAGCUACAGUCCCAGUCACUGGUCCUUCCUCUGACUCCAGACCUGCCACCUCCUUCCUCCAAGUCACAGAGCUGGUCAACACAUCUCCCAUGAACACAAGUCAUAUGAACGCUGUUGAGUUGACCGAGAAGAAGCCAGUUCGUCCUGAUUGUUACAGUCACUUUAUCCCACGUUUCAAGGCCUCACGUCUUGACCAGGCUGCUUGGGCUGCCCAACCAGGAGAAGAGGGCAUAAAGAUGAAAGCAGUGAUCGGCUACAAUGGCAAUGGGCGUGGCAACAUGGUGUGGAGCCCUGACCAAGGUUUGUUUGCGUACUCGUGCGGCUGUGUUGUGGUGGUGGAGUACCUGCAUACCGGAAGUCAGAGACACUUGCAAGGCCACAGCGAGGAGAUCUCUUGUCUUGCCGUCACAAAUGAUGCAAAGACAGUGGCAUCAGCAGCUGGUGGCAGUAACGGUAGCAGGAGCCUCAUCUGCAUGUGGGACGUCCAGAAUGGAACUUGUCGCAAUACCAUCUCCUACCACGUGGGAGCGGUGCAGAGUCUCGCUUUCUCCAGGGAUGAUCGCUUCUUUCUCUCUGCUGGAGACUUUUCUGACCCAGAGGUGGCUCUGUGGAGCAGUAAGACCUUCAAGCUGCUGUCCAGUGUGAGGGUGUCGGGACCGAUUCAUGCCGCAGCCUUCAGCCCCUCAACAGCCAGCCAGCUGGCCUGUGUGGGCAGCCAAGGGGCUUAUUUCUGCCUCAUCCACACGCAUGGCUUGGAUGUAGACCUCAAGGUCCAGAAGGUGAAAGCGCCAGUGGAAGUAGGUGAUGUGGAGCUGACGGCUCUGUGCUACCACAUGGACUCCUUUCUGUUCACCGCCACCAAUCGAGGACACGUUUGCGUCUGGGACAUAAACACGCAGCGCUGCCUCAUGACCUGGGAAGCUGAUGAGGGGAGUUUAGGAGUGCUGCAGUGUCGAGGGAACCGUCUUUUGACAGGCAGCAACACCCGCUGGUUGCGACUGUGGGAGGUUGACGCUUUAGAGGGUGUGAAGCCUCAAGGAAAGAACUGCAAUGUGGAAGACAGUGGGACCACGGUGGUGUUGGGGCAGGAGAUAAUGCUGGAUGGGACGACGAUCAGUGCAGCAUUUGAUAACACUAUGGACAUGGGCAUCGUUGGCACCACAGCGGGUACCCUCUGGUACAUCAACUGGUCAGACAACAGCAGCAUCCGGCUGGUCAGCGGGCACAAGACCAAGGUGAAUGGUGUGGUUUUUAGCGCCGACGAGAGACAUUUUGCCACCUGCAGCGAAGAUGGCAGUGUGAGGGUGUGGUCGGUCCCUAGCAACGAACUGGUGGUGCAGUUUCAGGUGCUCAGUCAGGCCUGCGGCUGUGUAUGCUGGAGCCCUUCUUCCAAUCAGGAGAGUGCAUGUGUCGCAGCAGGAUACAGCGAUGGGACCCUGAGGAUCUUCCGGCUUUCAUCUUCAGAGAUGGAGAUGAAGCUGCAUCCCCAUCAAGUGGCUGUCACUGCCGUGCAGUUCUCUGCUAACGGUCAUGUGAUCCUUUCAGGGGGGAAGAAUGGUCUGGUAGCUGUCAGCAGCCCAGUGAAUGGAGCGACUUUACGUUUCAUCAAGGACCACAAAGGAGCACCAAUUACCACCAUCCAGUGUGUGAAUCAACAGUGUAAGAAUUUGGGACUGGAAUGCAACGAGAUGUGGUUGGCUGCCAGUGCUGACCGACGCGUCAGUGUGUGGGCUGCUGAUUGGUUGAAGGACAAAUGCGAUCUGAUUGACUGGCUGACAUUUCCUGCUCCGGCCUAUUUCGGGGAUGACUGCCCCCCUCCCAGUCUGGCUGCCUUCUGCCCUGCAGACCCCAGCCUGGUGGUCUACACUGGCUAUGGAGUAGAGAAGGAGCUGUCCUUCUACAGCCUGGCUAAAAAACAGAUAAUAAAAAAGAUUGCACUGCCCGACUGGGCCACAUGCUUGAGCCUAUCCUGUAAGAGUCAACUCAUAGCGGUGGGAUCAAAAGAGCGAGUGUUGAAGUUGAUCAAGUCGACCAGUGGCAGGUUCCAGGACUUCCUGCAGCACAGUGACUCAGUGCAGACGUGUCACUUCUCUCCGUCGGGGACACUUCUUUUCACUGUAGCUUUUAAUGAGAUCCUACUGUGGGAGGUGCAGGGCCUCUAAGGGGCCUCGCAUGUGUUCAUCUUGUUUCAUCGGUUCCUGGUUUCUGGUUUACUUUUUAAAAGUCUUUUGUAAUUGUAAUGUUCCAUAUUUAUUUUUUUAUUCAUUCAAUAUUUUAGAGAAAUAUUAUGCUUUGCGGAGAAGCUUUGUGUGAGAUUUUCAGUUUGCUUUCAGAGUUUUAUCUUUCAUGUGUAAGGUUUUAGAAUACAUUUUUGAUGAAGGGAUUUGUUGCUGUGUGUCCAGUCACCUCUAUAUUUUUGACUAAUUACAUUACAUUACUUACAGUGAGUUGGAAUGUGUAUGAACAAUUCAUUGCUGUCAUGUCCACUGUUUUUCAGUGGUGGACACAAUCAUGGUUUGUAGGCUGCUGUGGGAUUGGCUGGAGUUUCAAUAAAAAGCAGCAUGAGCAAUAACAAUCUGUAAUGUAAGAUGACUCCAACAAUGAGAGGUUUGUGCAUGCACACAUUAAAAAGGAGAGACUGCUACAGCCAAA